UUCUUUUCUAGUCUAUCGCUCUGAUUCUAUUUCAUUCUUUCCCUUUAUUACCCAGAAUUCCGUUCCAAUCUCCUCCCCUUCUCCCUGGCCUCAACUACCUGUAGGCAGCAUUCAGCCCAAACGGCAACAUGGCAGCUCUCAGGCCUCUGAAAAGGCCUAAGAUCGUCAAGAAGAGGGUGAAGAAGUUCAUCAGACAUCAGUCAGACCGCUAUGUGAAAGUCAAGCAAAACUGGCGUAAACCCAGAGGAAUCGACAACAGGGUGCGGCGGCGCUUCAAGGGCCAGAUGCUGAUGCCCAACAUCGGCUACGGCAGCAACAAGAAGACCAAACACAUGCUGCCCUCCGGCUUCAGGAAGUUCCUGGUGCACAACAUCAAGGAGCUGGAGGUCCUCAUGAUGAGCAACAAGACCCAUGCUGCAGAGAUAGCCCACAAUGUGUCGUCAAAGAACAGGAAGUUGAUCGUGGAGAGGGCAGCUCAGCUUGCUAUUAAGAUCACCAACCCCAACGCCAGGCUACGCAGCGAGGAACACGAGUGACCCAGACCCACCUGUUAUCUGUUUAUUGUUUGUUCAAUAAAUGAUCUAUACGUGUAAAGAGUA